GCAGUUUGACUUGUUGGGUCACUUUACAUAGCAAUGAUCGUCAUCUCAGAAAAAGGGGAAGAAACAAGUAGAGCUAGAAAAACUGGCUGUGCGUCUCACCUCAUCAUUACAAAAGCCAGUCAGGCGGUGUUUAGUAGUCUUUCUGGAGUUUCUCUGCGUUAUUGGAACUAUAAAAUCCACCUUAUCGUCUGCUUAUCAUCCCUUUCUUUUCUAGAAUGUUGCUCCUUGCCUCUUAAAACAGCAGGUGUGUGUGUUUUGCGCAUUUCAACUUGUUGAAUAGCAGCACCCUGCCCUCCGCCAAGCGCUCAGCGUUCAAGGUUCAGGAAGAUAACGAGAGGUGAGAGGCUGACGCAUAGCUCGUGUUGUGUUACCAAAGGAUCAUAUUACAGCAGAGAGCAGGUUGGGUGAAACCAAAGCUGCGUUCACCUCGCUGUGAGUGGAAACAACACAGGAAUUGGGACUGAGAAAAAGGACUUUUAAAGGAGUAAAAAAGACUUGCUUUGUUGUUUGAAGAAGAGCGUUGCCAUGGGUAAGAAGACACUUCACCGUCAGCUGCUUUUGCUGUGUUUGUCGGCGCUUGUUUGCCGCUCCACUUCCUUAGUGUUUUGGACAGCAGUGGUGGAAAUGAGCUACGCUAACAACAACGAGACUGUAGACAAGUACUGCGAGUGUGGUGUUUUCGGUCGCAACUCUGUGGUGGACAAAGCCUCCGGGAUUGUCGUGCUUCCAAGAGGAGACCCUAAAGGCUGUGGCUCAGAUCCCGUCUACGACCGCAACUUCAGCUCACCCCCAUGGAUCGCCCUGGUGAAGCGGGGAAAUUGCACCUUCAGUGAAAAGAUCAACGCUGCCAAGCGGCAAGGAGCAGCUGCUGUGGUGGUGUAUAACGUGGAAGGCAGUGGAAACAGCACCACUCACAUGGCACACGCAGAAGCCGAUGGGAUCGUGGCUAUCAUGGUUGGCAACAUUCAAGGGUCGGAGAUUGUCCGGCUGGUGCAAAACGGGACAGAAGUUCAGCUGCUGAUCGAAGUGGGCAGCCCCCACGGGCCCUGGAUGGACACAUACUGGCUGUAUUUCCUGUCCAUCGCCUUCUUCAUCGUCACCGCGGCCUCGAUCGCCUACUUUGUGUUCAUCUCAGCAAAUCGCCUCUACAACAUGAACCGGCAGAGGCGCACCGAGAGGAAAAUGAAAAACGAGGCCAAAAAAGCCAUCGGGCGCCUCCAGGUCCGCACGCUGAGGCGAGGGGACGAGGAGAUCACCUCCGACUCCCACCUGUGCGCUGUUUGCAUCGAAUCCUACAAGCAAGGCGAUGUGGUGACCGUCCUCACGUGUGACCACAUCUUCCACAAAGCCUGCAUCGAGCCGUGGCUGCUCGACAGGAGAACCUGCCCCAUGUGCAAGAGCGACAUCCUGAAGGCCCUGGGGGUUGAGGAUGAGGCCAAGGAGACUGUGUCUAUAGUACCACCACCAGAUGUCGCUGUGAUCACAGUGGCAGGAGCGGAGAGACUGUAUGAAGUCCCUCUGAAUGACCCAGGCAGCCCCAACCCGGGCCAGAAUCAGCAUUACUAUGACAACGUUGCCUUUGAGCAAGACUCGGAAGCCGCAAGGGGGUGAACGACAGCUAAAGAAUGACAACAACCCAGGAACUCAGUUAAAUUUCUUGUUUUUCUCAGAUAUUGCUCUUACAUUCAUUAAAACCAACAAGUUAAACGGAUCUACAAUGUUUCAAUGAAAUAAUUAACAUGUCUUAUGCUGACAUUGAUUUAAAACAAGAUUCAAAAAACUUUAUUUAAUGGAUCUGAUCUGAAAAGUUCGGAGUAUUUCCUGGAAAAUAAGGAAGUGAUGUUCUGGUGAAGCGCGCUUCAGCUGGUUGUGAUUUUGAUGUCAACACUAAAGAGGGGUGGAGUGACUCUUUGUCACAUUUCUAUUUUGCAUUGGCAAAACAGCCAAUACUCAUUUGGAGUGCUAGUGCUAGAGCAGGACUUUAAUUUAAAAUUGUGGCCAAAUUUCUCUCUGAAUCUCAGACGCCUUUCACAAAACCCAUGAUCAUUUUUGCUGAUUCUGUCUUUCUGCUUCCUGGUUUCAGACUGUGGUGAGGUUUGUUUCCCGCUUUUACCAGGUGAUUGUGAAGUUGUCAGACUGGAUUUGAAAAAAACAAAACACUGCAAUGAACACACCCUUAACAGGAACUGCAGUAAAAACCAUGCAAACAAAAUGACCUGGAGGACUCAGGGUAUUUAAAGGACAUUUUUAAAACAAAAAAACAUUAAAAGUGUGGCCCUUUCUGUGAACUGGGAGUGAAACACCAGGAAGAUGAAUGUUAGCACAACUUUGAACUGAAUGUUUUCCUUCUUUGUAAAUUUGAUAUGCUUAGAUCAGAGCUAUUUUUGAUAGUAAAAAGUAAGACUUUAAAUGUUUAUCUGCAUUUCCAUUCUCAAUUAAGCUCUAAUUGUUUUAAAUGAGCCUGUCUUCCAUGUUGUGGCUUCGGAAUUAUUUGAAAUGUAGUUCAUUUAGUGGUCUACCUCUGAACUGUGUUGUGGUUGAAUUCAUUUAAAUCUAUAGAUUUAGGUGUCCCUUAGAAAGAAAUGUAUAAAAAAAAACAUUAUUAUUAUUUUUGUUUCUUUGUUUGCUGUUGGGGAUACGAAGAAUAUAUGUUGAUUAUGGUACCUAAAAUAUAUUUUUAAAUGUGAAAUCAUUUCCACAUCUUUUUCACAGAUUCCAGGAGUCUUUAAAUUGGACUGUAAAAAAAAACACUAUACGUCACUCUCUGUAUUAAAUCACAUUGAUGUUUGUUAGAAUAUAAUAAAUCCCUCAAAAUGAGGCAAACUUUGGGACA